GUGCGGAGUCGUCGUCGGUCGUAAGGCUGCGUCCACAAUCACCCGUAUACGUUAUACAUACAGAUAUACUAAUACACAUAAACGGUACCGAAUACAGAGCCAAAACGGUCAAUUGUGGACGCAGCCUAAUCGUCGUAUACCUACUGUAUAGUAGUAUAGUUGCUGCGAGCUGAUGGUGGUUUUUCUAACAGGAUAAUGCUUAAUCAAGUAUAUUACUAUUCGCCAAAUCAAUAAUUUAAUGACAAACUCAGGAUGAAAUGAAAAAAACUCGCAUGAGCCCAUUUAGCGAUUAGUAAUAAUCAGAUAUCAAAUCAAAUUUUACCUACCAAACAUUAGGUCAUUUUAAUAUUCAACAUGUAUCGUCAUAAUUUGGUGAACGUGAUACAAAACCAGUCAAAUCAAAUGUCCAUUGGAUUAUUAGAUACACAACACAAUGUACAAACUGCACCUGCAGUCCUGACUCCUGUUGUUUUGGAUUCGUCUGCAGCCAUAAAAUUGAGCAUGGGUAGUACUAUGUUUCAUGAAAGAAGCUUGAUGUCCAGAAAUGAUAUAUGGCACAAAAUUGUAAUUCUUAGGGGUGCUAAUUUUGAUAAAGAGGUUGUCCUCAAAAGUAUCCUAAAAUCUAUACAGCCAGCUGACUUAAUUCCUGUGAAGUAUCAAGUUAUUGGUGAAAAUUCAUGUUUUAUUGCUAGAAACUGCGAUCGAGCACUGGAUCAACUUUGCAAGACAAGUUUAAUUGUUCAAUGCUUUGACGGGAGUCCAUUGAUUCUUUCAAUUACUCUUGGAUUUGCAUCGAUUCAUGAUCUCAAGAUAAAUAUACAGCCCUUGUUACUGACAGUAUUGAAAAAGAGGUAUAAUGCAGAAAAGAAGACUUUGAUACUGGAUAAUUUUCACAAAGAUGAAGAUAUAUAUAGCACAGUUUAUUGUCCUCUUUCACAGUGCAAAACAAUGACUCAUGUUUUAAAGUUGGCAAAAAAUGCACUAGGCCCUUUUGAAUAUUUGAGUUUGCAAAACAAUGAACUUCAUAUACUUACAAUGCUGGAAGCAAACAGCUUAAAGUCUGUAAAAUAUUUGGAUCUGAGACACAAUGACAUAAUGAGAGUACAACUUUUAGAACCUCUGAAAGCAUUGAAUAUCACAGAACUUCUGCUGGAUGGAAACCCAAUGUGUGAGAAUUAUGCCAACCCAUUGCACUACGUUGAAGCUGUAAAACAAUACUGUCCAAAAAUAGUUAAAUUAGAUGGUGUACAAGUCAACACAGGAGGACUUCCCUUGAUUUUCAAAAGUUUUAUAAAAAACUGGUCCAAGAGCGAAUUGGUGGAACAAUUUGUGCAACACUUCUUCACUGCCUAUGACCACAAGGAUAGAAAUGUAUUGCGUGGUUUGUACCAUGAUGAUGCAUGGUAUUCCACAACGGUUGGGACACCAACUUCACCAACGAGCAAGAAAUUUCUCGAACCCUUUGGCUCUGAAAAUAGAAAUUUAUUGAUCUUUGGCAAAAAUAGUCAACAAUUAUUGCAUCAUGGGCAAGAUGAAAUAUUGAAAGUGUUAAAAAAACUACCUGCUUCCCAGCACAUACAAAAGUCAUUUUGUUGUGACCUUAUGUAUCACAGUAAAGAGGCUUUGACUAUCUCUGUGGAAGGGCUAUUUAAGCUAAUAAAUGCCACCAACCAAUUGUUUUCUUUCAACAGGACCUUCAUUUUGGUUGCUGAAGAGGAUAACGAGUACAAAAUAGUAAAUGACCAAUACCAUGUUUAUCUGCCAGUUCAUGGAAUAGAGAAUAUAAAUUACAAUAUUGAAAAUGAGAGCCCACCCAAAUUUGAACCAUCUUGUUACAGUCCCAAUGAAAAAGAAAAUUUGAUUCUUAUUUUCCAAGAAUCAAGUCAAAUGAAACAUGAACACUGUGAAAAGUAUUUGAAAGAAGUUGAAUGGAAUCUAAAAAAGGCCAUAAUGAAUUUUUUAAAUCACUAUAAAAAUGGACAACUACCAAAAGAUGCUUUUUAGCAAAACUGACUUCCAUUUUUAUACUUUUAUAACUAUAAAUGUGAGGAUUGAUUUUGUUAAUGUGAUUUUUGUACACUUAAAAUUUUGUAUGAGUGCAUGCUUUAAAUACUUUGAAAUAAGAUGUAAAAUACUUUUUGUAUAAAAUAUAAAGUAAGACAAUAUUAAAUAAUAAAAUAGUAUUAAUUUUUGUAACAUAA